AUGGGGGCGUGGUCAGGUUGGACGAUGGCAUAUAAAAGCACAAGCAUGCUAACCCGAAGUACAUCAUUCAAUCAGCUUCAUCUUCUCAUUCUUCUUCGUCUUUUAAACGACGUCGAUUUUAAUUCGCAUAGUAGUCAAGUUCUCAUUUUCAGCCUUCUUCUCCACCCCAACAUGCAGAAGUUGAUCGUUGCCUUCGCCGUCGUCUCGGCGACCUCUGCCUUCCUUCACCCAGGACUUGGAGGAGGUGGUGGCGGAUGCGGAUGCGCUCCACCACCGCCACCACCACCACCAUGCGGAUGCGGUGGUGGUGCGCCAGCGCUUCCACCACUUCCAGCCCUUCCACCACUUCAACUCCCAGCCCUUCCAUUGCUUGGAGGUGGAGCCGGAUGCGGAUGCGCUGCUCCGGCGCCAGCGCCAUGUGGAUGCGGUGGAGGAGCCGCGCCAGCCGCGCCAGCCGGAGAAUACGCCACCGCUCCAGCCGCGCCAGCCGGUGGAUACGCCACCGCCGGAGCUGCCGCCCCAAUCGGAGGUGGAUACGCCGCCCCAGCCCCAAUCGGAGGUGGAUCGUACGCCGGAAGAAAGUGA